ACAGCUACACGAACUCUGGAGAUCGUAUCUCUCACUCUCCGAUUGAAAGACGAAAAACCCUAGAAGAAGAAGAAGAAGAAGAGCUCUCUCGGGUUUGAAUUUUUGGAUUCCUGCAAACCAUCGACGAGGAUGCGAUUGACUCUCGAAUUCGGGGGUGGGUUAGAGCUGCUCUGUGAUUCUGAAAAGAUUCAUAAAGUUAACGUCGAUUUGCCCAAUGGAGCUGCUGCUGCUGAUGAUUUUACUAUGAAGCAUUUGCUUUCAUGGGUUCGUACAAAUCUGAUCAAAGAGAGGCCUGAGAUGUUCAUGAAAGGAGAUACUGUGAGACCUGGGGUUCUUGUGCUAGUCAAUGACUGUGAUUGGGAGCUAAGUGGUCAGCUCGAUACUACCAUCGAAGAAAAAGAUGUUAUAGUUUUCAUUUCUACUUUGCAUGGUGGAUAAAAAUAUCUGAUCACUAGAGCUUUUGUCUAGGAUUAUUUUGCAAAUUGUGAUACUUUGUGUUUGUAAUCUCUACCACUACCCAACGUAAUGUAUUUGUUUACUUGUAGAUUGAUAUUAGAGGUUGUAUCAGUUUAAGAGAUCUGAAUUUGCAUAUCUGUUUGUCACUGAACUGCAGCAAAUUAACAAUUCCGUGAGCUUGGUCUCUUA